AUUCCAAAUUCAAAUAUGCCGCCGUCUCGUCCCACCUAUCGCAGAUACCGCGGCCGAGACAGAUGGCAGCAGGCGCUCGAACCCCUCCAUGGUCUCAGUCUCCUCAUUUUCCUGGACCGCGCCGAUCGGCUCGCACGAACGCAUCGUAGUGCCGUGACACGACAUCCCCGAACGUUCGACGUCAUGCUGAGACCUCUGCUGCUCCUGUGCUGGGCCGCGACGAUCGUGUCAGCUGGCGACCUGAAGAAUGGCAUUGUCAAUGACACAAGUGUUCCUACCGAUCCCAUCGGCCACAGUGCAGCUGCGAAUCCUCAGUCGACGCCCGUAUCGAACGUAGAAACAAGCCCGAGGCCGGUAGCUUCCAACAAAGAUGAGCGUACGACAAAUGAAUCUACGGAAGUGCCAGCCGCGGUUACUCCGUCACCAACCAAGCCACCUACUACGGCCAAGCCAACCACAACCAAGCCGAUUACAACGCCUGCGCCGCACACGACCACAGCGCCGGCACCACCGACACCGCUUCCUCCACCGAGCCUGGGCAAGUGGAAUGUAACGCAGAACAACACGUUGUGCAUACUCGUUCAAAUGGCUGUGCAAUUCAAUGUUUCUUAUACCACCGCUAAUAACAUGACGCGAUACAGGGUGAUGGACCUGCCCGCCAAUAGCACUACAACUACGGGGGAAUGUGGAAAAACCGAGCAGAACCUGACGUUGUCGUGGCCAUCGCCGAACGAAAGCAUUCAGAAUAAUUUCACCAUUCAUUUCAUAAAGAAUGAGACGAAAAAGGAUUACACUCUUCAUCACUUUGAGAUCUCUCUCGCGGCCGCAGAAUUCCCCAACGCUAAAAUAAAUAGGACGCUGACUGUGGAACAUGUGACGCCGCAAUUUACAACUGGAUUAACCAAUUCGUACAGAUGUAUCAAGGAACAGCAGCUAGAUUUGUCCGUCCAGAGGACCAACGUUACCGUGGGGCUUCUGAAAGUGACCAAAUUACAAUUCCAAGCGUUCCGAGGUGAUAACUCAACUAUCUUCGGCCUAGCCAAGGACUGUUCGUUCGAUACGCCCGACAUUGUUCCCAUAACUGUGGGCUGUGCGCUGGCGGGCUUGGUUGUAAUCGUAUUGAUCGCAUACCUCGUUGGCCGCAGACGAAGUCAGGCCCGCGGUUAUCUUAGCAUGUAAGCCGAGUCCCGUGAGGUUCCCUUCUUUUUCCAUCUUUUUUUUUAACGUUAAACUGAUUUUUUUUUUUAUGUGAUUCUCCGUCUCAACGUGGAGUCAAUUGUCUUAUAAAGAAUCUACGUAGUUGUAUUGUGUUCUAUAGCCACGAGGGCUGUGACACAUUAAGAGGAAAAACAAAAUAUAGCUUACACGUUUGUAAAGUUAUCGAGCCCGCGUGCGGCAAUGUUAGGAAAAAAAAAUACGUAUCGCAAGACGGUUCAAAAUGAUACAGGGUGGAUGAUAAUUUCGAAGCAACGUGCUCCGUUCCACAAGGGCAAAUACUCUAUGAUGAACAUUAAAUUGAUAUGAAAUCGCAAGAUCUGCACCGUAUCUGCGCUGCCGCACUCUUAACCGGCAGCGAGGAUCGGUUGAUUUUUCAUAAACAGUUGUAAUAUGAAAUGAGAAGAAGAAAAAUUCUAGUGAGCGUAGCGUUGAAAUCCGCGUUUAUCUGGAUUUGCAGCUUCUUGUAACACGGGAUACGUUAUAGCGUCAAGUAUUCGUUGUCUAUUCUCGUCCGAUUAUUUUUUUUUUUUUAAGGAAUAAUUUCCUGGCUUUAAUCACCGCGAUACGAUAUUCCUUUAUACAUUAUACUUAAUACAUACGUCGAUAUGUGUUUCCGUUACAUUCGUACUCGAAUUCUUUUUAUUAAACUGUACUGUGAAGUAAUAGCAGUUGUUUAUAUAGCCCUAGGUAUGCUUGCGUGAGUGUAUCAGAAUAGUACGAAGGAGCACGCGCUUCAACCGUUCAAGUUAAAGUUUUGCUUCACUUUGGAUAAGUAUAAAACUAAGUGCUGAAUUAGACAUUGCAUAUAGUGCAAUCUUUUAGGUGUAAAGAGAAAUUUACUAAUUAUUUACGUCAAAUGGAAUAAAAGAAACCUGGAACAGCUCAACUAAUAUAAUAAUGCGCAAAAUUCUGGAACGCUUUGUUCCCUUGAUAAACGUUUGGAUAUGUCUGAUUUGAAUGUAAACGAUAGCCUUGGGGAAAGAUAUGUACUGUUCGUAGAAGCACUGAUAGUUUUUAAAUGCAGGAAAUAUACAUUUUCGCGCUUUACGCCGCCGUUGCUUUGCUCGAGGGUGUUACGACGGUUUUAUCUAAUAUAUAUAAGAUAACGUGCGGAGGAGAUAAUGAAAUCUGGCAUUUGAAAAAGGCAAAACGGGAUUUCGGACGGUUUUAUCUAAUACAAGGUAACGUGCGAGGAUAAUGAAAUCUGGCGUUCGUAUCUGAAAGGGGGAAAAUGAGAUUUCAGAAUUGAGCAAAGGUUUCGCGCGCGCACCGUGCUGCUUCACAAGUACUAUAUUAUGACAAGACUGAACGACGCGUAGUGAGAUGAAAGUGGAGGGCAAAAAGUAAAGUAAAAAAGAAAACAAAUUAAAGUAAUUGAAUAAAGCGCUGUACAUAAAACAAAGUAGUGGUACUACUUUUGGAUUACGAGCAUGUAUUGCAACUAGGCGAGAUCUACAUUAUCAACAAUAAAAUGGAAUAUUUCAACGAUA